ACCAGAGUGUCAGCCUACGGUUGCUAAGGACAAUUGGGUCAAAGGUUAUUCUCACUCAAUGUUGUUGUGUAGAAGUUUGGCGACGUUCAGUUUGGGGGCAAAAAUAUCAAUCGAUUCGAAGGUUUUCUGCGAUUUUCGCCAUGGAAGAGGAGGUCACGUCUGGCAGUGACAAUAUUGUCACCGAGUUUAACACAUAUGAAGAAUUUCUGGACUCACAAAUCACACCAUUAGACUUGUUGUAUCUCGAGGAUGAGGAGCUUGCGAGGGAGCUUGUUGAGUUAGGUUACCGUGGCAGUGGGGAAGUGCUUAAACGAGAGGAAUUUGUGGCCAGGAAAGAGGCAGCCGAGGCAAGCAGACAGUCAAAGAAAAGCCAACAGAACACCCUUGCAAGUUCGGGUAAGGACCUGAAGAACCCCUUCCUGAAGGCGUUGGCCCAACGAGAGGAGGCCAACCGCAGCGGCAAGAUGACCUCCAUCAUCUUCAUCCGGGACAAGAACGCCAGGGGGCAGGAGAUCUCUGGUUACAUCGACUACGCCCACCGGCUCAAGACGGAAGACUUUGAUCUGUACUUCUCCGGCCGGAAGAGGCUACUGCCCAGACCAUCGGAUCUUAGCUUCUACAAUUGGGAGACACAAACGUCCACUUCCAACCCCACGCCCAACUACCAGGUCAUUGCCGAGAACGCGUCUGGUCUGCUGUUCAAGAACAAGAGGGAUCGCAAGAUACUGAAUGUCGAUCCUAAGGCGGCAUCGCCAGGCGACAAUUCCACUCGCACGCCCCUGAGCUGCCCCCAGUACACUCAAGUCGUCAUCUACGAUCACAUCACGAGACGGAAAACAUAGAUGUGCCCAAGAUCUGGCACUUUUUAGGCGCUUUCUGGAUGGGAUUUCGUUUUCGACCGUAAAAUUUUGUGUCAAGUUUUACUGUUGCAGCCUAUGCAUUUUAAAUCCACUCUUGUGCACUGCAGGACUGCAAGAAAUGAAAAACACUGUGUAGGUUGAAAUGCCAUAUUUAAAAUGCAUUUUAAGGGUUUUUAAAAAAGGUCCCAUUGUAAUUAGCAAAGAACUACAUGUACAUGUACAUGGAACUUGACUAACACUUUUUUUUAACUGCCCAUUUUUUAAAAACUAUUUUGAGAGAAUUUAAAGUUAUGUCUCCAUUGGUUGGAUUUCUGAUGCAGUAAGCAGCUAAAGAUUGCAUGACAGCUAUAUUCUAAGCCCCACUUUAUACUAUUUUCCUAGUUCAACUAAAUUAAUAUCAACCAUUGUAAAAAAUAACAAUAAUAAAAUAUUGUUAUAUUGCGUGCUUGGAUACUGUAAUUUUAUUGGUCUGGAACUGCCAUGUGUCUUGUCCAUAAAAAAAACACAUGGCACACACUUACAUUGUUUAUCCAAUUUUAGGCGGAUUUUUAGAUCAGUGAUAUCGCACUGCAUUCAUUGUGCACAUAUAAAACCUGUCGGUGCGCUAGCUUCUCGCAAUGAGAACUGCAGCAUCAACUGCUCAGUCUCAUGUCCGGCAGGACAUCAAAACUUUCAGUAAUCAACAACCAUUUAUCUUUUUGACUUAUUGGCACGUUCUCGGGUGCUAUGCAAAUGAGUUGUUAAAAACGUCAUAUUUCACAUCUCAGCAGUCAACAAUUGUUAAAUAUACACGUAUGAAGUUAACAAUGCCUUCAAAUAAUAUGUACAUGUAGUUGUGUUGGAAGUGUUAACAUUUUAUAAAUCCAACUGCUGUAAAAUAAUGGAAUGAGUAUCCAGGGCCUGUUAAAGUUUCUGAUUGUGUGUGUACAUGUACAAGUCUCUGAAUUCCUAUCCUAACAUUAGUGCAGUUACCUUAUGCAUGGUAAUCCACUUGUAUCAUAAGCAUUGUACAGUUGAAAUAAAAAUGGAUUUGUGUGAGAAACAUUUUUU